AUGCCCACCGACGACUUCCGACCGGCGGAGCUGUUGCCGUCUCUUCAACCUCCCCACCCGCAUGUGCGACCCGCCAUCCCAAUAUUAGCCCCACGAGUGGUCUUCACUGCUCCUUCUCAAGACCCAUCUUCGAACGGAACACAGCAAUGGAUCUCGACAACGCACGUCUAUCCUGCUGCCUGGCCGCGCUCGCACGUUCGAUCUGCGAAAUCUGACAUCUAUGAUGCCAAGAUCCCAAGCACUUCCCGGCUCGGUCCUCUUCCUUCGGAUCCACAAGCAGCCAAGGCGGAACAACGUCGGCGUAGGGAAGCUGACUUCGAACACUGGGUCGGCGUCUGUGGUGGAAAGGAACACGAAGGUCAGCGCAAGGUUAUGCGUAGUUUACGUAGCGGCUGCUUGCAGUCUGGACACACACAGCGAAUCACUGAAGCAAGAACAGCCAACGAGGCUCAGCUCUGGAUGACCGUCAACCGCAUUGUUCCCGCUCAGCUCGGGUCCGAUGCCAAGCCAAAAACGAAGGAUACGAGACAAGGUAUCACACUGGUCAUGGCACAUGCCAAUGGCUUUCACAAGGAGAUCUUUGAACCAGCUCUUGAAGCAUUGGUACAAAAGCUACAGACCGAGGAGCUGCGAGGCAAAUAUCGCAUCGAUGAGAUCUGGAAUUUUGACUGCACGCAUUCGGGCCAGGCAGGUAGCAUCAACCGUGACAUCCUCGGAGACACCAUCAGCUGGGCGGAUCAUCCACGCGACAUGCUCAAGUUCCUCGAAAACUACUUGCCUAACUUAGCUUCCGACCCCAACGCUCCUCCGUCGUGGCUUCCCACCUUUCUUCCAUCGCACAAGGCUUCUUCACCAACAGCCAAGCGCCGCUUGAUAGGUCUUGGUCACUCCUUCGGCGGAGCUUCGAUGACCUUCCUCCUUCAUGCGAGGCCACGCAUGCUUGAGGGUCUCAUCCUCAUCGAUCCCGCCAUCAUCCCAUGCGAGGACGAGGAGCGCCUACAGUUCGACAAGCUCCCCAAUGAAGUUUGGCCCGCUCUCACUGAUUUUCCUCUCGCAAAAGGCGCCGUCGCACGCAAGGACACCUUCGACUCACUUCCCGACGCGAAAGUCUACUUCGAGUCAAAGCCUUUCUUCAAGGUCUGGCACCCGCGUGUCCUCGACCUCCAUCUGCGUUUUGGUCUCCGCCCCUCAACGUUACCUCCUUCACGCGCUCUUGCAGUUGAUGACGUACAGGAGAACGAUCUCAAACGCACACCGCUAGAACUCAAUAACACAAAAUGGCACGAGGCCGCUGCUUUCGUCUCAACUUGGAUGGGCUACAUCGGUAGAAAAGGUAUGCUGGCUACAGACCACGGUGCUUGGGUCGGUGUGGUUAACAUGAAAGGAGGGUUUGACAACAAGGGCCUUGCAGCCGACAUCGACGGUCUUGAGCGUGGUAUCAGCUUCACCAUCGAGGGCAACCACCUAGUCGCCCAAGAAGAGCCCGACAAGCUCGCAGAUGCUCUCGUCAAAGUGCUCAAAGUGCAGUCGAGUCCGCAAGCUUUCAAGGAAGAGAAGCUGCAUAGAAACGUACAGAAGCCAAGAUUGUAA